AACCACCACCAGAACCAGAACCAUCACCUCCACCACCGCAAGCAUCACAUCCACCACUACAACCAUCAAGACCACCUUCACCAUCACCUUCACCACCACAACCACCACAGUCAUCACAACCACCACCAAAACCACAACCACCACCCCAACCACCACCACAACCACCACCAGAACUACAACCACCACAACCAUUACCUUCACCACAACCAUUACCUUCACCACCACCAGAACAACCACCCUUACAACCACCACCCUUACAAGCACCUCCACCACAUCCACAACCACCACAGCCACCACCACCACCAUUCCCA